AAAGGACAAACACAGUCAAACAUCCGUCAACAAACAGGACACCUUCGGCACGUUUAUUGUCGUGCAGUCUCGUUUCAUAACAUAAAUCUGCACAACACUUUCCCUGCCUUAUGCAAACGAGCCAUUUAGGAUUAACGGCAGUCAGGAGAAAUGAGCUGCAUAAAACAAAUCUUUUCUAUAAAACCUCGCAUAAACGUCGGUGCAGCUUUCGCCUCCUGCAGACGUUUCCAUGCUGAACUAGUAAGACAUGAAUCCAGCGGACUUCCAAUAGUUCAUCACAGCAAGUAUGUGUGUGAGCUCUCACCCACCCACAGGUUCCCCAUGGGCAAGUUUCCCCGGGUUUUACACUUUUUAAUCAAGGAUCAAGUCAUUACAGAGAAACAGGUGUGGGUCCCUGAAAUUGCCUCUAAAGAUUUGCUCAGCUGCGUUCACACUGAGGACUACUUGAACAACUUCAUAAAUGGGACAAUUAACGAGCAAGAACAAAGGAGGACAGGUUUCCCCUGGAGUGAAGGCAUAGUGAGACGCUGCCGAUAUGAAACAGGUGGGACUGUUCUAGCUGCUGAAGUAGCUCUGCAGAGGGGUAUGGCCUGCAGUACAGCAGGAGGAACCCAUCAUGCUUUUCCAAGCUAUGGCUCAGGGUUUUGUCUCCUCAAUGACUUAGCAGUUGCAGCCAAAUACCUAAUGGGCAUCUCCUCGCCCAAAAGGAAGGUUCUGAUUGUGGAUCUAGAUGUGCAUCAGGGCGACGGCACUGCUUUCAUUUUUAAAGAGGAGCCGUGUGUGUUUACAUUCUCUGUGCACUGUGGGAAAAAUUUUCCCCUCCGUAAACAACAGAGCGACCUUGAUGUCAGUGUGGAGGAUGGGCUGGAAGACAAGGAGUUCCUCUCCACAGUGGAGGCCCACCUUCCCUGUCUGCUGGAGACUUUUCGUCCAGACCUGGUUCUGUAUGACGCAGGUGUCGACCCUCAUUGGGAAGAUGAACUUGGGAGGCUCCGUCUGACAGACCAGGGGCUGUAUCAGAGAGAUCUGUACGUGAUGAAGACUGUGGUGAGCAGAGGUGUUCCUGUCGCUGCUGUUAUUGGAGGAGGAUACUCGAGAGACAUUGACAAACUGGCCCUCAGACACUCCAUCGUCCACAGAGCAGCAACUCAGGUUUGGAGGGAGUGUGGAAUGUAAAACCUUUAUGACCUAAAUCAAGAGGACCCUCAAAGCUUAACUGAUACUUGAUCUUCAGGAGACGCCGCCAAUAUUGAUAUUUGUAGAUGCAGCAGCUGUACAUUUUUAUCAAGAAUUAUGAAAAAAAGAAAUUUGAGUCAAUGGAUUUCUUACAGAUUCCACCAUCUGCUCAGAAUAUUUUAGAAUAUUUUUAAUCUGCUGGUAUGUUGUGAUUUAAGAAGAUGUUCAACUUGCUGUUUACCCCAUCAAGAUACUGUAUCAGUACUUCUAUAGUAGCAACUGUCUCACUAUUAAAUAUUCUGUUAUUGAACUA